AUGGCAGAAAACAAAUCUCCGUCUGCCAUCGACCCUGUCCUGACAUCUCGUGAUGAUGCCGCGCUGAUGUCCUCGCCACCCCGGCUGGCGGCCCCGUCCUUUGCCGAUGCAAGUGGAAAAGAACGCCGCCAGCCGUCCAUCACCCCUCGCAAGUUCCGCCGCUUCUUCACCCCUCGGUCUCGCGUCUCAGCCGAUCCCAGUGCCGCUCGACGGGCGCUCCGAGAUCUCACCGCCCGGUCUCUGAACCGGAACCUGAAUCCGUCCAGCAGCCCAUUGCACUUUGGUUCGAGCCCGCUGGCAGCCCGCGACAAGAGCAAUCGCUGUGUCGAUGAGGCUAGUCCCCUGCCUCGCACAACGAAAAGACGCAAGACGGGCCAUCAAACGCCCGAGACGUCGCCUCUUCGACCCGCGUCUGUGUUUCACGAUGCCGCCACGCCAGAGCCCGUAUCGCACACAGCCGUGGCUUCCAUGCUGCUGAGCCCUCUGGCUUCGUCACCGCUGCCCGCCCUUGUCGACGAGCCCGAGUCGGGAUGUGACGAGGACAAGUUCAGCAUGUCUGACGACGGCGAGCCGGAUCUGCCGUUCUCUGGACCAUCUUUCAAGAGGACGAUGCCACUGUCUGGGCGUGGCUUUGCUGGCCAGCUUCUCCAGCGGGAGUAUGGAAUGCCAUCCGGGGCUGGCAACCACCAUCUUCCCCGGCCUGUGGCAGACUGGAGAGUUGAGACCGCCAGCUUCUAUAGCUCCCACGACGACCUUCACUAUUGUUCCAGCAACGAUGUCCCGAACGGCCGGUGCAUUCCAUUCUGUGCUGCAGCUUGCAACACAAAUGGACUUGUUGCAGUCGGCGACGAGGAAGGACGAGUUCGGCUUCUCGACACCAGCACGGAAAACUACGGCAAGGAAUCCACCAGUUUCGGCGACAUCUACAUAUCCUUCCUAGCACACGGCAACGCAGUCAUCGAUCUUGCAUUUUCGGGUGACGACUAUCUCCUAGCCACUGCAUCGGGCGAUCAAACCGGCAAGGUCAUUGAUAUGAUGACACAGACGCCCAUCUCCAUCCUCGACCACCACACGGCCUCGCUCAAGCAGGUGCGCUUCCAGCCGGGCCGAGGCGAGGGCAACGUCCUGGCAACAUCGGGCCGGGAUGGCAGCGUCAAGAUCUGGGAUCUGCGGUGCAGAGGCGGCCCGGCGCAGGAAUUUACAGUCGAAGAACGAGCACACGGUCUUCAGUUCAGCCUUCCGAAGAAGAUCAGCCAGGGCUGUGUGGUCAACAGCAUCUUUGAUGCCCAUGCGCGGACGACACGCCCGACACGCCAGAUGCGCAAGGCCAUGCAGGCCGCCGUGGCAGCCGAUGUCACGACCCGGUGGGAAGAGCCUGGCCGCGUCGGCGAAGUGUCUGUGACCGCCAUUCAGUUCCUACCACCGGGCAAAGAGCACCUACUUCUGUCGGCCUGCGAGGCCGACGCGUCCAUCAAGCUCUGGGACAUCCGCAGCGUGCACACGUCGCGGCAAAAGGCGAGCAACCCGAUCUCGGCCACCGCACCGCCGGAGAGCCACUCGCAGUGGCGGCCGUUUGGCAUGUCCUCCAUGAGUCUGAGCACCGACGGUGCUCGGCUGUACGGCCUCUGCAAAGACAAUACGGUCUACGCCUACUCGACCUCGCAUCUUGUCCUGGGUUCCGCACCCGAGCUCUCGUCCAAGGGCAACGACCAUCCCAGGCGCCGAAAUGGCAUCGUGCAAGAGGGCCUCGGACCGCUCUACGGUUUCCGGCACGACAAGUUCCACGCCACGUCGUUUUACGUCAAGACGGCCGUGCGGCCCGCCAAGGACGGCCGCCCCGAACUCUUGGCCGUGGGCAGCAGCGAUGGCUGUGCCCUUUUGUUCCCGACGGAUGAGCGGUACUUUCUGGGCAACGGCGAGCAGUGCGACGACCGCGGCCCCGUCUUCGGUCUGGACAACAGCGCACCGGUGCCGAUCUUCACGUCGCCCUUUUCCAGAGCAAGCUCGCUGCCGCGUCCAGUGGCGGCGGACAGCGAUACCAGCAACAAUGGCGGUGGUGCUGCUGCCGCCUCAGCCACCACCAGCAUGCCAGGCCCGCCCCGACGACCUGGUGGCCUUUUCCGCACCAACAGCAUGUCCAGUGUGCCAGGCCGGCUCGUCGACACGAUUCCGAUUGUGCGCAACGGCACCGCCUUGGUACGUGGCCAUGAAAACAAGGAGGUCGGUGCCGUGUGCUGGACGCACGACGGCAGUCUCGUGUCGGUCGGUGACGACCAUGCCAUUCGCUGCUGGCGCGAGGACCAGGAGAAGGCGGCGGCUCUCCGCAGUGGUGGCGAGGGCGAGGGCCGCCGGUGGGCGUCAGGCUGGGCCGACAUGGGGGAGAACUGGGAGGACGAUGUGGACGAAUGGUGCGAGGAAGAGUGA